CUUUCCAACACCAUCGCAAUUGAUCGGACGAAACGGCCUUCCCUCGCACCAACGCGCGCCAUGCAUCCAGAUCAAAGCUCAGCAGCGGGUUCUACACAGCCCAAAAAGCCGAGACUCCGGCGGAAGAAAGCAACGGCAUGCCAACGAUGCAGAGCAAGAAAGCAGCGCUGCGAGGGCCAAGGCCGGGGUGUUUGUCAAAAUUGCACGGCUGCACAAGCUGAAUGUAUACCUGCUAGCCAUGACCCUACAGAUACCUACUCCGUCUCGUAUGUGAAGGACCUUGAACAGCAGGUCGCGCAUCUUCAGGGACGUCUCUCCGAAGUGACUGACCCCUUGGUCCGAAACGCGCAAGCAGAUGUCGGUCCGGAUUUACAGAGCUUCACCCAUCUUGCGGACCCGCUCUACCUGCCUCCGAUAUCCUCAGAGAACACGACUUUCGACUUUCUGUCAUAUCAAGACGACAACUUGUUCUCUAUCACCCAGCCGCCACCUACCCAGAUGACCAACCCGGUAGACCCAGGGAGCUACUCGGCAGAUGCUACGUACUCUCUAGAUCCCUCAGCAGACGCUAGCGUGGCCGACAUCUCAGCCUGUGAAGGCGCCUCCUUCUUCCAGACGUACUUUGAGAUUAUCCACCCUCGUUAUCCAUUCCUCGACGUCGAGGAGUGCAGCACCGCGUAUCUCAAGUGGAAGACGGGCGAGAUAGACACCUGCAAUGACAAAAGCUGGUCCUUGUGCCUUCUGAAACUGAUCUUUGCCAAUGGUGCAAUCCUGCAGCAUGCGUGGCUGGAUCAUAUACCCCGCCGACAGCGCCAGGAACUAACCCUUCACGAACAAAGCAUCAUGGCCGACACCACCUUUAAACCGCUUUCUCGAGUCCGGGAAAUGCUUCUCCACGCCUUCCACGCGCUCCACGGGGAGAACACAGCCCGAGUUGUGCGCAUUACUGGGAUGGCAAUGCGCUUUGCAAUCAUGCAUGGCUUUCAUAAUUUGACUGACGAUGGUACUGUUGAAACAGACAUGAAGAUCAAAGCGUGGUGGUGCAUUUACUGCUUAGAUAAAGUCGUCGCAAUAACACUCCGAAUCCCUCCCUACCCGCCAGAUGAGUUGAUUGAAACACCUGCAUAUCAACCCAAGCCCGAACCUCAGUUCUUCAUGCCCUGGGCGGCUGAUGUCCCCGGUUCUUCGGAAGGCGUGCUGUACAGUUUUGACCUACGAUAUUUUGCAUACAUGUGCAAGAUCAGGCGGCUUCACUCAGAGAUACUCGCCACCACGCCAAGGGUACAGUCUGGCUCGAUAGAUCAACGUCUUCGGGAGCUGCGGGCAGAGAUCGAUAGAUGGACCAAGCCCGAGGAGGUGUUUUCGAAUGGUCUUCGGAAUAGCGAAGGCUACGUCAGCCCUCUUGGCAUGAUGUACGUCGCAAACAUGACUCGAGUCGUGCUGUAUAGCUCGAUCCCUUUCGAAACGGCUUCAGAAACCACGGACGAGCUCCUCCAAGCGUGUUGUGAUUCCUGCGCAACAUUUCGAGCACUCCAAAAGAGAAAGCAUCUGCCGAAGCACUGGUUUGAUAUGCUAUUCAUUUUCCAAGUAGGCGUGACGAUGAUAUACAUCGUUUGGCGCCGGGCCAUCCCCAUAGUGAGAGCCGUCGACCGCGCCAUUAGGGAUUGCACCACGAUACUUUCCAUCUUUGCGGACCGGUCACGGAAUGCGGACGUGUACCGCGAUUGUAUGGAUCUCCUGGCAAGCAGCAUAUCUAGAGCAGCUCCAUCUGGGAACAUUGACACAGAAUCGAAGCAAGAACUUGCGACCUUGGUUAGUCAGAUGGAGGAAAACCGGCUUGCUAAGCAUACUCAUGCCAAGUUAUUGGAAAUGUCGAGGACAACGUGGCACGGAGAAAAUAAUCACACCACCAAUUGAUAUUAUCAGCAUCUAGACUCAAUUACAACCUCCCUCACAUGCCCUCA